CCCAUGUUGUUGCCUGCGAAAAUAAUAGUGUGAAAUCAGUUUUUUAAAAUAAAACACGUUUAAAUUCUCUACAAAUUAUAAAUAAAACAACAGUCGCCCACCGAUUAUUUAUAACAUUGUUACAAAUAUGUAUGUAUUUAAAUGUAAAUACAUACAUUUUAUGUACAUACAUAUAUUAAAUCACAGCACAUCUAUGCAUGGCUACCCAGCCGGCAAGCUUUUCAAGAUGUCCAAGGAAUGUAAAUAAUAUUAUUAUUGUAAAAAAAGCUAAAUCAAACGUUGACGUGUAUGUUCAGUGAUGGUCUUAGUGAGCAACGAAUGGCAGAUAAAAAAGGAUGAUGACCAGAAACCAAACAUAACAUUGCCAACUUCACAUUCAGGAGCGGUAAUAGCCACAGCAUUGAGCAACGGGACCACCACAGAUACUGACACUGGCUUGUCUAAAACGACCUGGACUGAAUCAUUGGGAGGGGUAUCACCGAUUGUCAAGAAAAAGUACUCUCAGCACACCACAAACAUAGAAGCUGAGAAAAAUAUUGAGCAAGAUCAACUAUUUAAAAUAAUGGAAAUGACGGCUGAUAGUAAACACGACAUUGUGAACCAGGAAAAUAACAUUCAAAUCCCUGACAUUAAUACAAAAACAUUACAGGGUUCGCGUAACAUUGAACGUCGUAUGACUGCUCAAAUGCCAGCUGCCGCUUCCGAGGUCUUACACAUGGCCAUGAAUACAAACAACGCUGGAGUUGGUGUAACUACUGCCAGCAAUAUUCUUAGUUUGCUAGGAGCUCAAAGGGAACACGCAAUGGAAUGUAGCACUUUACUGGCCACUCCUGAGGUUAAGGCUGCCUCCGUAAAUUCAAGCAAAGAAUCAGGGUCGGCUACCCUUUCAUGUACGGGUGACGCUAAAAUCAUUCUAGAGUGCGAGCCCAAAUCCCACAAAUUCGACACAAGAUCCAUACUGUUGCAACCCAACCACGAUUGUAAGGUGGGCCGUCUUAUAGCUAAAAGCAAGGCGAGCGAGGGGAACGCUAUAUUUGACUGCAAAGUCUUAUCAAGAAACCAUGCAAUACUCUGGUAUACCCCAGACGGUCGAUUCUGGGUCAAGGAUACAAAAUCUAGCAACGGUACCUUUAUCAACGAUAACAAGCUUGGUAAUGAUCCAGCGGAGCUACAUUACGGAGAUACCGUUAAGUUCGGUGUUGAGGUGAUUGAGAACUCCCGACAAGAGGUGCACGGAUGCAUUAUUGCUCGUGUCAGUCUUUUUUUCCCCGAUGGACGAGAAGCCAUUUCGAUUGAAGCAAAUCAGAUGCAAUUGGCAGGGCCCAAUCGAAUAAGCUUCGACGAAAUUCAGCGUCUGAACUCUUUUCUCCAAGAGGCGGCACAACGAGAGAAGGCUCUAAAGGCUAAGUUAAGUAGCUUGCAAUGCGUUCUUGAUACCACAAGAAAGAACUCGACUAUGUGUUGGCAAAGCAUGAUAACUGAAGAUCAGUUGUUACACAAGAUAAAUCUACUGGAAAAGAAGCUGCAGAUGAUGGAGAAAAACAUUCCGGAGAAUACGCUCCGUACCGAAGUUAUAAAGCUUCUUGAAGAUAAAACUACUUACCAGCUAACUGCUAAAGAGGCCCUGCGCAAGGUCUACCAGGAACGGUGCGAUGCUAUACAAAUGCUCUCCAAAAUGGAAAUGGCCUACGCUACUUCCGAAAACGAGUGCGGGAUAUUGCGUUCCCAAAUUCUUACAUCAAAGCAGACAUUACAGGACUUUAACGCUCGGUUGGAGCAACUUCAGCAGGAGUACAUCGACUACAAGCAGGAAUCAUUGCGUCAACAACAUGAGGCUAAAAAGCAGGAGGAACGCAGCUUGGAACUACUAAAAGAGAAGCUGUCAUUGCAAGAGCGCGAACUUGAGGAACUUCGUCUGCAGGUUACGCGGGUUCAGCAGGCUACUACCGGACAUGAAAAUGAACAACUGCAGAAUCAAAAUCAGUUGAAUUCAAUUACUCCUGACGAUGACGUUUGGGAUAAAAAACAAGAUGCCCAGGAUGAAAAAGCAAACCUAAAAAUUUCUGAUGAUGGUGGUCUCUUCGUACCACAAGGUCAUGUAUCAGUUGACAUCGAUCAGCAUAGAUCAGAUUCGGGGAACCAAACACAGGACAAGAAGUUGAAACUAAGUACAAAAGAGCUGAGCAAGAUCGAUAGCAAACCAAGCAUAAUAAACUUGCUAAGAAACUCUGAUCUUUGCAAGGGCGAAGACGGCUCAGCAGUGCUAAAUGCCAUAUUUUACGAUGACGUAGAUUCCGACAGUGAGAAAAAAAACGUCAAUGUAUCGGAUGUCACCACAGAGCUUUAUACAGGUAUUAAGGAAGAGGCUGCUGAAAACGUAUACGACCCAUUGUAUGAGCGAUAUAAUGCAAAAAAUAAUCAAGUUCACAAAUUGGAGAGUCAGGAGAUGAUAGUGCGUUGUAAAGAAAGUCUUAAUAUUCAACCUGACUUUCCCACAGAGCAGGCUGAUAAAAUAUUACAGGAAGAAUGUGACAUUUAUAGGGAAAAGACGGUAGAUAUGACAGGUGAAAUGUACUCCUUGCAAGAGCAAGUCGAGCUGCUAAAGAAUCGGCUUGAACAUAAUGUGGACCACAAGAAUGGAGCAAAACUGCAAAUUCAGAAAUCGAAACGAGGCAAUUGCCAAGGGAUAAAUGAGAAAGAUUGGAACGAGGACCUCGCAACUAUAAAUAAUUUAAAAGUAAAACAGGAGGAAGAACUUAUUGUUUAUAAAGAACUACUAGAGGAUAUGGAGCGUAGCAACAUUCAGCUACGAAACGAAAUCUUAGAGCUGCACCUUAAGCAGCAGCAUAUGCCAAAUGGAAAACAAAUGUUGCUGCACCGUGUAUUACCUCUUGGCUGUUGCGCCAUUGCUCUUCUUAUCUACUUAAUUUCUAAUCGAAUUUAAAUACGAUCCUUAAGUUUCCUGAGUUAUAGUAUACACUUGGAUUAUGGCAUAUUCAAUUGAUAUAUUCGUUGUAACCGGUCUUCAUUUCAUUUAUCCUUGCUUAUGUAUUUAAAUUUACUUUGAGCACAAAAUUUAAAUCGUGGCUACCAAAUAAUAUAAAUAAAUCACAGAGCAUAUGUAAAGACACUAAAAAAUAAUCAUUCGAUGUUUGGUCGAAAGGUCAUGGUCAUGAAAAUCAUAGCUGCAUUAUUCUAAGCUGACUUUAAGUUGCAGUGUCGACUAAUAGUUUUUUUGUCAAAUUUAUUAAAAAAUUUAAGGUGUGUGCAAAAUCAACUAAAUCGAAUUAUAUUAUGUAAUAAAGAUUAAACAAUUAAUUUAAAUUGAAUAAAAACAAAAUCACAACA